AACCUGGAUAGAAAGCUUGUCACAGUACGCCAUGAGCAACUGGCUGCGCUCUGCAGAAAUCGGACAGGAGAUACAGGAAGCCUGGAUCGUGCAGAAUGCCGUAGUCUAUGUCCUGAACCACAACCACCACCUCCUCAUGGCCGGACGGCAGAAGGAGCUCGUGGACGCCUUGACCCAGCUGCUGGGCAUCGUCAAGGCCAUAGGCCACAACGGGGACCCCAUGAUGUUAGUGACACUCUGCAAUGCCCUGGCUCGAGGCUUGAUCAUCAGCAGUAUUCCAACCCAGACAUCUGAAAAAUCGAAAAGACUUGUGCGACCAAAUGUGUUUCACACUCCACUGGACUCUGGAGCCACCUCCGAGAUCAAAAUGGCGGUGGAGGUCUGCGAGUUUGCUCUGAGCCUGACCAGCGGGAGCGUGCCCGAGGUGGCGGUCCCCAGCAGCGCGCGGCAGCAGCUCAUCGCCACCUGGGUGAAGGGCAAGCAGCUGCUGCAGCAGCAGAUCGGGCCGAGGCUGGGCACCGAUGAGCAGGGCAGCAACGAGGACAUCAAUGCAGUGACCAGAGUGCUUGUGGCUUUGGAGAUGUACUCGUGCAACGGGCUGGGCCUCAUGGACUUCACUGUCCCCUCCCUGGCCCAGUUGGUGAAAAUGGCUUCUGAGUGCAACUGGUCAGACCCCUUGGUGGAGCUGCAGACCCUGACACGACUGACACACUUCGCCUGCGCGGCCCGGGACCACGAGGUCACCAUGGCGUGCUCCCAAAACGCCAUUCAGACGGGCAUCAAGAGCCUGAAGACAUUCGGUCCGGCCAAGGCCCCACUGGCAGCGGAGAUGCUGUGCACAGCCGCGUGUGUCCAGGGCAAGAGCAUCAUGGAAAACCUGCAGGGCAGGAAGCAGCGGCGGCUGGCGGCGGCCAAGGCCUUCACUGACAGUGCCAGGUUUGGGGGCAUGGCAGGCAGCAGCGCCCUGGUGAUGGUGGCCGCGCGGCACUUCUGGAACACCUGGCUCCCGCUGCUGUCCUCCGCGGCCAACAGGAAGAAAGCCAAGGGGGCCGUCCAGAAGAUCAUCGGCAUCAUCAACAAGACGGAGGCCAAAAAGCAGGAAAAAGGAAAAACGCUGUUUCUGCACCAGUGGCCUACAGCGGACUUCCAGAGCGGUGGGACCACGGAAGGCUAUUUUCUCCCAGGGGCCGAGGACGACCUGACGCUGCGCGCGGCCCUCUACGGCCUGCUGUUCCACAGCCACGCCGACCAGGACGACUGGGAGGGCGGCCUCAGGGUGCUGGACGAGGCCGCGCAGGCGCUGCCGCGGACGGCCCACCGCCUCUUGAUUUUCAAACACAUGGUCAUUGUGAAGGCCAAACUUGGCCAGAACUUCUCGAUGGAAAUACAGAAAUUCAAGGACGAGAGCGAAGGCUACGUGGCGAGCAUGUGGCACCGGCUGGCCUUGAACUCGAAGCACGUCCACGGAGAGCUGACCUGCUAUCACAGCGCGAUCCGGGCGCUGCAGAAGCCAGAGAGCAAGUGGCAGAAAGUUGACUACAUCCUGGAAUUCAGCGAAUGGCUGUAUUACAACCAGUUUCCUCUUGAAGACGUAGUCUUCCACAUUGAGUGGGCAAUUGAGAUCCUGCUGGCGAUGAAGCCCCCUGGAGAUGUCCCCAAGCCAGAGCCCACACCAGAGGAGGAGCACACACCUGUGCAGACACCUGCAGAAAGCCCGGUGUCCGAGCACGGGGAGGCAGCCUCCUGGGAGAGGCUGCACAGCGUGAGGCAGCUGGAGGCGCUGGCACGCGCGCACAUCCUGCUGGCCCUGGUGGUGGGGCCCGGCGCCGCCAGCCACCAGGACGCCUGCCUCCUGGCCUACGCCUUCCUCAGGCGCCUCUGGCAGGUUUCUUUGACAACAGCAGGAAAAUUAAUUCCAGAAAGUAAAAUCCCAGCAGCAGCCAGUUCACAUCUGUUAUUGCCCAAAAAAGAGGAGAAAAGUAAAGAAAAGGAGAAAGAGAAGACCAAAGAGAGGGAGAAGGGGACAGGGAAGGAGAACAAGGGCAAGGAGAAGGGCAAGGACGCGAAGCAGUCUCAAACCCCCGUUCCUAGCAGACAACUUGAAGAUUUACCAACAAGCGUAGAGGAAUGGGCCUUCUAUUCUUGUCCUGAGGAAUUGCUGUCUGUAUUUAAACAAGAUAAGAGUGACUUCACUAUCAAUGCAUCAAGUAUCCAGAAGCCGACCUACAGUUUAUACUUUCUGGACCACUUGGCCAAGGCCCUGCAGAAGAUGUUCCUGCACGAGCUGGCGAUCCCGGUCCUGCAGCUGGGCGUACUCCUCGCGGACUCCGUGGUUGAAAGCAAGAGCCUCGCCGAUCUCUACCACCUGCGGCUGGCCCAGGUGUGUUCAGAUCUGAGGCUGAGAGGAGCAGCCGCUCAGCACCAGGACGCGCUACGGCAGGUGUACCUCUGCGACUCAGAGCAGGCAAGCUGCAGGAAAGAGAUUGCGUUGAGAAAAGAGAAAAACAAGGAGCCUGUGUCAGACGAGCGCCUGCCCGUGCCGAGAGAGCGGGCGCCUCCGGGCCAGCUCCCGGGGAUGAAGCGUCUCGUAGCCAAGGACAAGAUUUUGAAAAUAAAUGGAGAGACCGGGAGGGACCUCGACGGAACCUGCUUUCCCCAGCUGUGGAUGCUCAAAGCAGAGGUCCUGCUGGAGAUGGACCUGCACCAGCCCGCACGGCUGCUCCUGGCAGAAGCUCACCUGGCCUUCCAGGAGCUUGAUGACCCUUUUGCAGAGUCACAAUGCCUGUUGCUUCUAGCACAGUUGGCCAACAAGGAAAAAAACCACGGACAAGCGAGGACACUGGUGGAGCGGGCCCAGCGCCUGGGUGGGACCGAGGAGUUGUGGUACAAUUCAGCCCUGACGCUGGCGGAGACGCUCCUGUCCACGGAAGAGGAGGGGCGAGAAAUCACGGUCUGCCACCUUUUCCAAAAACUCAUAGAUGCCUUUGAGGUUCUCAAGAAAGAAAGACCUAACAGGAUGCCCAUGCUGGAAUUCUUCACCACAGACCUGGAAGCCAGGUGCGUGAGCCUGCAGAUCACAGUCGCCCAGGAGGCAGCGGACAGCGAGCCUCCUGAUGGCUGCUUUUUACUGAAAGGGAUGGAUGACACCUUGAUGAAAAUUGAGGAAAAGUUCAUCAACUGUGGCUACAGAGAGAACUGUGUUGAUAUAAAACUAGAGCGUGCAAAGAUCAAGAGGUUAUGUGCCCAAUGGGAGAGAGAUGAGGAAGGGAAGACUGCACACUACUUGGAAGCUUAUGACUUGGUCCAGAGAGCUGUGGCUGAAGAGGAGGAGAGGCUUCACAGUGUUCAGAGUUUACUGUCCUUUCAAGAUUUGCAGAACGUCAACACGCCCCUGAUGAGGAAGCUCGCCCGCCUCAAGCUCAGCCUCGCCGAGGUGUCUCUGGACGUGCUGCAGGUCACCUGGGAGGAGGCGCUGCAGCGGGAGCUGGAGCAGGGCUCCGUGGAGAGGUUACUCGCAGAUUACCUGCACAGCACCAGCGGCGACAGCCCCGUCGGCCUGCAAUGGCUCACGCUGAAGCGCACCCUGGCACACACGGCGCUGCAGCAGCUGGGGAGCCUGCAGCCACUGUGCGUGAACUGCGUGCAGAUCCGUGCCCAGCUCCUGGGCCUGGCCGGGAGGGCCCUCCACCUGCUGGCCAUGCGAGCAGACCCCGUGCGCCCCACCCUCUACUGGGAGGAGGGCCUCUCGGUGGGCACCAAGCCAAGCAGCCACAAAUCUCUGGAGCUAGAAGUCGAGGAUGCAGGUGUUGAGGAGUCCAGCUGGGACCCACCAGCCUCCAGAGCAGCACCCAAGGAGUACAGCAGGAAAGGCGUGGAUCUGAAGAGGAGGAUGACGAUGGCCCAGCGGUACCUGGCCCAGGCAUCAGAGGUGCUGCUGCAGUGCCUGCAGGUGGCACUGGGCAGCAGCCUCUUGGACAUCGCAGCAGCUGCCAGCCUGGAGAUGGUGGAGUGCACCAGCACCCUGGACCCUGUGGCCACCUGCCAGUUCCUGGCACUGUCCCAGAGCUGCUCGGCCUCAGGGAUGAUGCGGGACGUCCUGCUCACAGCCACAGCCAACACGAGCAGCUCGCAGCUGGCGGCCCUACUGCAGCUGCAGCACCGGCUACGAUGCCAGGACAGGACCUCCACCAGCCUGUUCACCACCGUGGAGCAGAGGCUGGCCACCAUCUCCAAGGCGUGGCAGAACCUCUGUGUCACGGAACAACACUUCGACCUCUUGAGUGAGAUUCCACCUACAUUUCGGCUCCUCUUUCUGCACCACUCUCGAGACAGGUCCCGUCUAUACGGCGCUGCCUAUGAGAAACCCAGGCUCCUUCCUGCAGCCAAAGGGAAGACACUGCAAGUGGGAGGCCACUGCAAGGUGUCACGUGUGACUGUGAGCCCCACCGCCCUCUCAGACCUGUUGGCCAGCGCCCAGCAGUUCCGGGAGCAGACCCAGGCCAAGGUGUACAGCGAGGACAUAGCCCUGAGCCCAGGCGUGGAACUGGGCGGCGUGCACCUUCAGGAGAAGGAGGACUGUCUGCGGACCCUGAGCAGCGUCCUGAGGCCCCUGGAGGAGUACCUGAGGCCGCUGUCCCCACUGCUGCGCUGCCCCGAAGCCAGAGUGCAGAUGCCCACAGUUGUUGUGGAUUCGGGGAAACCAAAGGUCAAAGAUAAGGAAAGGAAAAUGUCCACACCACAAGCAUCCACAGACCAGCCCGAGGCUGCAGAUUACGUGAUCCUGAUUGUGGACAGGCAUUUUCUGGAGCUGCCACUGGAAGGUCUCUCUGUGUUCAAUGAAGGGACGGUUUCCUCGGUGUCACGAGAAUUUUCUCUCCAAAUAUUGUGCAAUCGCCUCCACAAAGAAGAAACAGACGGCGGCGCAAGAAAGGAGGGCAAAGGCAGUGAUCUCAGAAAGAGAAGUCCAGCAAAGAAGGGCAAGAAGGGCGGCACCCCCCGGAUGGUCCCCCCAGACUGCAUCAUCGUGGACUCCGACAACUUCAAGUUUGUCGUGGACCCCUACGCGGAGGCACGGGGCGGGGAGAUGCUGGCUCCUGUCUCCAUAACCCGGCAAAUUUUGGAAAGAUUCCGAGACUCGUUCACUUCGCGCUGGGUGGGGCAUCUGGGAAGCAAGAACUUCCUCAGUCAGGCCGAGUGGGAGCAGGUCCUGGGCAGCUGCAGUGGCUUCUUCUUCUACGGCAUGGAGGGCUUCCUGUCACAUGUGCUAGUGGAGAGAUUGGUCGCCAUGAACCUGCAAGAGUGCCAGAUGAUGGUCCUGCUGGACCGGACGCAGUCCUUGGAGAGCAUGCGGCGGCAGAUGGCUGUCUCAGAGAAUAAGAGCACAUCCCAGCUAUCCUUGGAGGAGCCCAUUGAGACUGCCAUCCUUCUGAGCCUGGUGGGCGUCAGGAGCAUCGUGGCAAACCAGUGGCCAACACUGCUGCGGGACAACGCGCUGCGGGCCAGCCUCCUCUGGGACAAUCUGCUGACCUUUGGCAAGUCAAUUGGGAAAGUGGUCCAUCUCCUUCAGAAGAUGGAAGGCACUGAGAUGCUUAACCAAGAUGAUGCUCAUCACAUCUUGAAGGACAAGCUGGCGAUCCUGCGGCCACCGCUCCAAAGCUCCGAGCUGCUCCCCAGCGCUCUCAACUUGGUCCUGUACGGGCUGCCGCACCAAGCCAUCGCGUGA